AACGCCAGAAUUAUGCCUCUUCAUGUUCAGCCCAUAUGUAAGACAGCAAGCUUUUGUUCUCUUGCGUACUCUCGUAUCCCUUCUAUUAUAUCAUUCAACCUUCUGCUACCGCCCACCCUAGCUGUUCGAAGUCUCUUCUCUCUCAUCCUGCCCUGCCCUAUCGCCCAUCACUCUGGAACUGAUCCCGCUGCACCGUCUCGAAAAGAUACUGUACCGUCUGUUUCUUUGACUCCGAUCCAUAGGCAGCCCCUUACUUUGAAAUCUGCCUUUGGAAGAAACCCGCAAGAUGUCCUGUUUCUACCAACAUGACCAAGGAGGACGUCCUCUCCACGAACAGUUAUACUGUUGGCAGCAGGACUUUAACCAGAUGCCUAUUUCUCACCUUGACUCGUUGACAACUUCAAUCUCGUCCGCCCUAAUCGACCCGAGUCUUGCAUCAUACUCCCAAGCCGCAUGGCCCCUGAGCCAGACCCAUCAGAUUCAACAAAAUAUCGAUGGGCGACGAACAGCAAUUUUCGUCCCCCAGAACGCCCAGGUCCCGCAUAACCUAGCCUCUCCGGCCCAAGAACAGAUUGUCUUACCUCCAGCCUCACAGCGAAGGCAUGGCUCUCCCUGCUCUCAGCAGACGCUAUCAAGCAGUGGUUCCAACAGCUCACCUACGGAAAGCGACGUUCUCCCCGCAACUCCCCCAGAUUGCUCUGCCACUUCCCCCUUCAUGCCACACAAGCAAUACACCAGCGACUGGGAGACCCAACAGUACCGAUCUCAUACACUGCUUGGCCUCGGCAUGCAGGGGACCUCCUUUGUCAGCCCUCACGAGGUGAACAUCUCGCAAGCCAUAUUCGAGAACGAGAUAACCCCGAAUGCUUUCGAUAACAGCCGGACCUUCAGCUUCUGCUCUUCAGACUCUGAUGUGCCGAGCAUCCCGCUACAAUCGGCUCUCUCGUCGCGACAUAUUACACCUAAAACCCCCGAAGCCAUCGCAAAUCAGGAGAUUCCUAUGGUUGAGUGCUCGUACCAACAGAGCUAUCCUGACACGAUAUGUGAACAGAGCUCCUUUGAGUCCAGAAUUGAGGUCGACGUUUGCCUCGAAGACGACGAGGAUCUUGACUACAAGCCCAAGCAACAGACCCGGAAACGCUCCCGUAACACCAAUGUAAGAGCCAAGGCGCAAAAUCCCGACUCACCUCAGGAGAGAAAGAGAACAAGGAUCAACAGAAAUACCGGUGGCCUGUCCUCAACUCGGCUCAACGCGGCCUUCUCAUCUACGCCAAGCUCCAGGAUUCUAUGCGACGAAUGCAAGACCUCCUUUUCCGACGAGAACACGUACCAGAAGCACAUGAAGCAGCACCACACCCGCCCCUUCGUAUGCGUGUUCAAUUAUGCCGGCUGUCCAUCCACCUUUGCCAGCAAGAACGAAUGGAAACGCCAUGUAAGCUCACAGCAUCUUGCCCUCCAGUACUGGCUCUGUAUCCAGGAUGGUUGCUCCAAGACCACCAAUCCUCCUACCAGUCGGCGUUCCUCUUCUUCCUGUUCUACCAUGCCUACACCACCUGCCUUGCCCAACGGCGCCAUCUUCAACCGCAAAGAUCUUUACACCCAACACGUCCGUCGCAUGCACGUUCCUCCUCAUGUCCGGAAGGCCCAAAAGCAGAAGAAACCCACCCCCGAUUGGGAUGAUCGCCUCAAAAACCUCCAAGUGGACGCAGAGCAAACACGCUGCGACCUACCGCAUUACAUGCGUUGCCCGGCCAGCGACUGUGAGCACGAGUUCAAUGGACCGCAAGCCUGGGACGAGCGCAUGGAGCACGUCGCGCGUCAUCUCGAGCGCGCGGCCGACGGCAUAGAGCCGGCGGUCCACUUUGGCAACGAAAACGAUCCGACUCUUACAGAGUGGGCGUCGAGCCCUGAUGUUUACGUCGUCCGGAAGACCCAGGCCCCUGGCGGCUGGGAGCUCAUCAACCCGCUCAAGGGUGAAGUUGGCCCCUCUUCAGGCAAUGGGAAAGGGGGUGGCAGUUGCGGUAAUGCUUCGUCCUGCCGCAAGGAGAUUAUCGUCACUGCCUGCUCUGACGAAGACGCCGAGGGAGAAGACGAGGAGUAAUUUACCCAUUAACAUAUUCUCUUCCAUCAACCUUGUUCAGUACACAUGCGUUACUCACCCGAGAUAUUAUUUUGGCAUGCCAAGCGCUUGAGGGUUCAGGUGUUUCGUUUGACCAUACAGUGACAGGAUACCUCUUUUACUUGCUUCAUCUCCUUACAAUUUGCCGUAUCAGCAAUGUGCGAACUUGUCUUUGCGGGCGUCCAGACUUCCUAUCUUGGCGAAUGA